UUCGUGUUGCAACAGUCGUAUUUUGUAAGGAAGCAUUGGUCUUUGUCACACCUUCUGCCCGAUUCUGAUCGGACCUUGGGCUAGUUGCUCUCGAUACGCCGGUUUAACAGCACACAACGGCAAUCGUCUUGCACAGUGCCCCGGGUUAGUUGAGUGAAAGUGAAAAUGGUGCUUGAAUCGCAAGAGCAACUAACAAUUCCGGAAGAAGCAGCAAUCGACAAAACGGUGACCGAGAAUCAUGUGACGCAACCGAACGUGAGUGAAGUAACGAGGGAUGCCGCCGCACGUGAUCUUCCUGCAUUCUUUUACACGGCCAUGGAGCAAGUGGCUCGCGAUGAAGGAUUCACCGCCGGACAGUACACAAUCGAAACGGAGGAUGGGUCGAGCAAAGGUGACGGGUUUAUUGGAGAAUUGUUUCGAGCCUACCUCAAGGAGGGCGAUCGACGGGAGGCGUUCCUGUGCAAGAUUCCCCCGCUGAACGAAGCACGCCGUCAGCAGUUCGGAACGAUGGAGAUCUUCGAGCGAGAGGUGCUCAUGUACAGCAAGUUCCUUCCGCUCAUGUUCGCUUACCAAGAGGAAAAGGGAGUGGGCCGUGGGGAUGGAUUUUUCUGCACCCCGAAAUGUUACCACGCGCACUACGAUGGCCAGUCGGCGGAAGCGAUCAUCGUGAUGGAAGAUUUGCGCCUGAACCACUACCGUAUGUUUAACAAGGACAAGCCGGUAGACUUCGAGCACGCCCGGCUAACGAUGGAGCAGCUGGGCCGUUACAAUGCGGUAUCGUUGGCGAUGAAGCACGACCGGCCCGAGCAGUUUGAACAGUUCAAGAUGCAGGAUCCGAUGAAGGAGAUGAUGGGCCCGGACAAUCCAUUCAUCGUUAUGCUGCAGAAAACGGCACGGGAUGCAAUGGAAACGCUCGAGCCGCAUGAAUCGAGGGAACGAAACAAGAUGCAAAAACUGCUCGACGGCAUGCUGACCGAUGUGGACCGAUACGCCAACUUUGAACUGGCAGAACCGUACGCGGUACUCGGUCAUGGUGACUGCUGGAUCAAUAACAUGAUGUACCGAUAUAAGAACGGAACACCGGAGCACAUUGUUCUGCUGGACUGGCAGGUGGCCCGGUACUGCUCGCCCAUACUCGACCUGGCGUACUUUAUCUUCUGCUGUACGGAUGAGGAAUUUCGACGCCGGCACUACGACGAGAUGAUGAGCAUCUACUACCACUCGCUCGCCACGCUGCUCGAAAAGCUCGGCCACAAUCCACAGGAAGUGUUCCCGCGCACCGCUUUUCUGCGUCAGCUGCGGCAGUACGGUCGGUUCGGUUUGAUGCUGGCCGUGUUUCUCGUGCCGAUGUUGUGUACGCGCAACGAGGAUCUGCCCGACAUGAACGCGACCGCUGAAAUGUUCCGCGACACGGAUAACGUUGAUAUCGCUAUCUACACGAAGCACACAAAUCAGAGCGCUUACCGUAAGCGCAUGAGUGCGGUGAUACGGGAUACCGUGCGAUAUGGCUACAUUUGAUUGGCUUGGUAACAUUUUUAUCAUGUUUUUUUUAGUUUAUUACCUUCGGCUCAUUUUAAACGUAGUAUUUCGUAUGAUUGCGUCCGUUACACAGCUACUGCUGUAUGGUGUAUGUAUUCAUUUCACAAUAUGUUUCGCCAUAAAUAAUGAAUUGUGUAAGCCGAAAAUUGUUUUCUACAUCCCAAAGACCCCCCCCCUCCCCCUCCUUCCUCCGCCACAACACACACUUCCCAACAGAGGUGCGUAUACAGUCUAAAAGCAACAAUAGACCGGUGUCCAUGCCCGCACCGAUAAGAUAAUGUGCAUCGACGUGCGACAGUCUCGUGGCCAAACGGGGUAUCCGCUUACAUUCCCAUUCCCAUAUAAGGGUGGCAGUCGUGUGGCGCAAAAUUCGCUGCGAUUAGAAAAAAAAAAUCAUUCAUCGUGAGUGUACGGCGCACUUUUUUAAUGACCUCACGGCCCUUUUCCAAACGGGGCCACCAAGAGGACCCCUAGCAGCGCCUCCAAUGCUCAAUUUUGCAAUGGUUGUAACGCGUUCCGAUGACUCAAACUUCCGGUCGGUGGUAGCCGGUGGGGGAAUCAAGGACUUUCGGGUAAUCUUGGAAUUUGAGCUUAUGCUCUUCCGAACGCUUCAUAACGAUGGGGAGUAGAUUGGUGAUGUGUUAUCGUUACCAUGCCGUUAUGUUACAGCUCGUGGUCUUUAGAGGGGCUUCAAAGACAAAGUCAGUGUUCGCGGUAGCGCUAUGAAGAUAGACCUCCUUUUGAUGGACGUGAUAAGCUAUCGAAGUGGUGGCGUCUAGGGUCUAGGGCGGAAAAACACUACGGCGUAUGUGGUGGUGGUGGGGAGGUGUGAUUAGAUAAAUCACAUAUUCAGUUGCUGGGAAAUGCGAUUCUUGCUACGGUUACGUACGACGACGGUACGCUGUUAUCGGUUCUUCUCCUCGGCCAGAAUACCGUGACAGGAACCUCGCAUCUCGGUUGGGGAUCUAAAUAUAACAGCUCGUCAAUUGGUCGUCGCGAUUCAGUUGAUCGGUCACGGUGCACCCACUCUGGACGCGAAGCUACUGACGCAGAGAGCUCCAGUUUCGUUAAGCACAGCCGUAUAGGUGUGAGCAAGUAUAGCGCAAGAUGGCAGGGG